CUGGUCUCCAUAAUCACAGACGAGACUCCCAUCGAGCAGAUGAGAAACAGGCUGAUGAUUAAAGACAGGGCUUCUUCGUCCUCUUCAUCCUCCACCCCCUCCUCACAGCUGCCUCACCACCCUUCACACACCCGCAAGCCGAAGCUGGCCCUGUUGCGGGAGGUCUUUGGGAGAGGGUCGGUCUUUUGCUGGCUUCUCCCGCUCCACUCCAGCCCUCCGUCAGUCGGAGGCAUCACCUACUCCGCCCUGCCUGACUACGACGUCUGACUCGUGGGCACAAGAGGGGACGGAGAGGAGAGAGAAGAAAAAGGGAAGGCGAGGGAGGUUUUUGUGUGCUUGUGUGAGCGCGUGAAUGAAUUUUUUGCAUAUUUAUGAUGUCUUAUCUCUGGAACUGAGGGGGUGAGAGUAAAAGGGAUGAAGGCCGAGGUGUGAAUGAAUGAAUGAAGAAUGAAUAAUGCACCAAGUAUGACUCUCCUCCAGGACCUAAACACAAUGUUCAUGAAAACCUAUUUCUCAUCUUUCCUGGCACAAGGAAAGAGCACUGACCGCCCCCCGAUGUGUCCUGAUGUGCAGUUUUAUUACCAGCAGUUAUAGGAAAGAGCUACUCCUGUGUGGACUCUGGGAUUUGACUGGUGUGGCUUUUAGACAGUUUCACACUAAACAGGCUGAAUUAAAAAGGUCUAAAUAUAAUGUCCACUAAACCCAACGACAGGCGCUGCUAAAGAGACGUAAAUGCAACAUGCACAUCAAGUGCGUCCAAAGCUGUGGGAGGGGGGAAAACGAGAUGCCCAGUCGCUUCAAUGUUCUUUAAAGAGUAACUCAAAAACGGGUACAAGUCACCUGACCAGGGUUUAAAUCCUGACAGGCGAAGAACUUGACCUUGUGAUUCCUCGUGUUGUGAGGGUGAGUCGAUGCCUGUCUUUCAUGUUCAGUUCAAAUACUGAUCACCAUCAGCUCUGCCUUUAACAAUAGAUUUCAUAUAGCUGAGUUAUGAAACUGAGCUUGGCGUCAUACUUGUGAGACAUCUCUCUUUAUGGCACGAUGCUUAAAAUUUAGUUAAACCUCCAGAAUUUUAUUCAUGGAAAUUACUCUUCGGUUCAAUUCAGUUUUAUUUGCGUAGCGCCAAAUCACAGCAACAGUCAGCUCAAGGGGCUUGUAACGUAAAGACCCUCCAGUAAUACAGACAAAAUCCCAACAAUCACAUGACCCCAGUGAGCAGGUGAAACUACACGACCAGCUUUGCAUGAUUUAAAAUGAAAAAUAAGCCUUAUUUAUAUUAAAUAAAGCUCCUCCCACUUUAAGACAGCUUUCUUCUCGUUGGCUGCCCCUGGUCACUCUGUGCAUUUGUGUAUGUGCGAAACGUAUCAUUUGUACAGAGAGCGUGUAACCUCACCUGUCCGAAACUUCCUCCAAAUAUGGGUAUGGAGCCGUUCUUUAAUCCCGUGAGUGUAAGAAGAGGAAAACCGUCCUUUGAGUUACUCUUUAAUUAAAAUGCCUGUGACGUUUCAGCUACUGUGACCAGCUGAUGUCCACUAACAGUCAGAUAUCAGUCAAAUCCCAGUGCUUUACUGCUUUAUUCAACCAGUAUUUAUGCUGGUGAUUGUUUUACCACUCAAGCUUUCAUCAGCCUCCACAGGAAGUUUCUAAAAUAGGUCAGUUCAGCUUCCUGGUUCAUCUCAGUGUUUCUUAAUCAUACACUGCAGCACGAUAGAGAGACUAUUUGAGUUUUCAUGUACAGUCGAGCUUUAAUUAUUCGGGAUGCACUGAUACUGAAUUCGUUAGGUUCUGUGUGUUUUCUCUGUUUGUUUUCCGUCCACACUGGUGAAGCCUUGUGGUGCAAAACAUGUCAAGCUUUAAAUUUUGUUUAUGCAACUACUGUUUACCAUGGUAUGCUUUGUGGCCAUAAGUACUUAGGCUUCUUCAAUCUACGCUGGUGUUCAACCAGAAAGUUUAUCCACAGGGAUAUUUGUACGUUUUGAUGGUGGGGCUCUAUUGGGAAUGAAUAAGCCCUCUAACUGAAGCAUCCAAAUACUUUUAGUCACAUAGUUUAUUAACGUGUUUACGUGGAGGGCAGUUAAUUAUCUAUUUUUAUUCUCGUGCUCAACCAAUCUUAAAUGGUUUCUAUAUUUAUAACAUUCAUUUGUUUUAUUCUGAAACAUAAAUGCAUUAGCUUCCUGUGCAGUCAUGUCCAGGAUGACAAGCGUGUGUGGGAAUGUUGAAUUCUUGUUUUAGGGUUUUUGUUUUUUUACUCAUUCUUCUGUUUGACGUGCUACUAAACUUUGUUACGUUUGCAGAUUUCUUACACUAUUAUUACGCACACAUGCACACACACAUAUAGUUUGGUGCAAUUGAAGGUAUAAAAAAGAAGCUGCUUUUGGGGGGAAAAGGAUUUACUACACUGAAAUCUGUUUGACAGUGAAACACAAACUCAGAGUUCACCAGUGAGUAUUCUGCGUUAUCUCAGUGAAGGGACGACUCUUAACUUAGUUAUGGUUUCUAACUAUUCUGUGGAAUUAACUCUAACAAGUGUGUGUUUUUAUGUGAGGGGUGGGGCUGCCUUUCACUGCUGACCUGUUACUUGGAUAUAUUUGAAAGUAUAUAUGACCAGAGUCGGGCGAUUUAUCAGCACAUUGUAUUUUUAACACAGGAAACAGUCUCAAAUGGAUGAUGGUGAUCAUGUGAUACAUUUUAUAAAGUAAACUGGUGGCUUUGUAUUGGAAAAGAGUCAGAGGUCAGACAUGAAGGCAGCUCCACCCUCUGUGUGUUUUAUGUAUGUUUGUAUAUAUUUUUUCAUUUCCUUGUCCAACCUGGGCUGAACAAUUUUCUGCGAAUUGUCCAUUUUCUCAGAGUACUCGCUGCAGCCCUCAGAGGUUUCGAUCAAAACUUUCCAGCUGAGAGAUGAAGUUACAUGACUUAAUCUGCCUUUUUUAUAUUUUAACAUGUUUUUGGAUAUUUAUUAACAAUUUAAAGGCAAAAUAUUAAAGAUUAGAGAGAUGUUAUGAAACAGCUGUAGAAAGACUUCUAGUUCUGCAUUCACAUUGUGAACAACGUGGGGCUGCUGGUGCAGAAAUGCAUAGUUUAUUUUGACCUUUAAACGUUACACUUGAAAUUAUACUAAAUAUUUUUACAGUAAGAAUGAGUCAAAAAAAUGUUGAAGCACACAUGUACUGCUACGUUUUUUGUUUUUUUGUUGUUGUUGUUGUUAAUGUGGACAUCCCACAUAUCUGAAAAAAUAUGUAGAUCUGGGACUAGUGGCUGCUUAGCUUAGCUUAGCUUAGCAUUGGACCUAGAAAUUAGCUUAUCCAAAAUCAGCAUAGUGAUGUGUGGUGUCAACCAAUGAAAGUUGCUUGAAGGCCAAAGGUGGAGCUCUACGUCAAGUGCUACUACUGCCACUUUUGUCUAGCCUGCAGGUAUCUUCUUUGGAGUCACACAAUAUUGGACGAUCACAAGGGGUUUUUUUCUUUUUCUUUUUUUUUUUAGACUUAGCUAGAAAAAUUACUUGGCUAUGCUAAAGAAAAGAUCGUUUGACUGUGCAAGUUGAGAAAUUAGGCUAAAUGUACCUACACUGCAACAACAUGACAGAAAUUGAUUGCAAUAAACUUGUCAGAAUGUUGAAUUCAAGCAUCCUUUCAGGGUCAGGGCUAACUAACAUAGUAAGAUUUUCCAAAAGAAACACCAGCAUUUUUGUUACAAGUUAAGUCUGCUAUGACAAUAUUUCCAGAGAGAAGCUCAUCUUUAAAUGGGAAUUGAUUUGAGGUAGACUGGAGGCCACUGUGGCAUUGCACUGGCUCAGUCUGAACCAGUCUCUGGCCACUUUCAGUGUAACUGGGUGGCUAGCUGGUUUAAGUCCUGAUUAUACUCGGACAUGGACAGAUGGAGACAUGAUGGCAGAGUUGCUAUAUUUUAAUGUAAUGUCUCAGCAGAUGAGUCCGUUAAGUCAGAAGAAACAUGCAGGUCGGCAGAUGUCUGGAUAGACCCUGGCACUCACUGUCUGACGAAGAAAAUUUAUGUCACUUAAAUACCAGCGGACUGGCUGCAGAAAGUAUAAUUAAGGCUUAACAACCAGCAUAGGCUUUAUUAAGAACUCCGUAGACUUAUGGGGUCAGGUGUUUCAAAGCUUUACGGAAAGAUAAGCUAAUAAA